CUUUGGAAGCGCCGUCCUCCUAUUUCUUUUAUUCUUCCUUUUUCCCUGGAAGACUCAACCAGAUCGUCAAGGUUGGACAUUUAGGCAAAGCAUCAAGCACGACUUAGACAACCUCAAGGGAUCUUUCUCUCCUUCUACUUCGACGGUCACUACUACCACAACUCUUUACCAAACAGUACCUACCCCGCUAUACUCUCAGGAGGUUGUACCAGAAGCCAAAAUGUCUACCGAACAGACUUUCAUUGCUAUCAAGCCCGACGGCGUCCAGCGUGGCCUUGUUGGUGCCAUUAUCUCUCGCUUCGAGAGCCGAGGCUUCAAGCUUGUCGCCAUCAAGCUGGUUGCCCCCGGCAAGGCCCACCUCGAGAAGCACUAUGCCGACCUCGCGGACAAGCCUUUCUUCCCUGGUCUAAUUGAGUACAUGAACAGCGGCCCGAUUGCCGCCAUGGUCUGGGAGGGUCUUGAUGCUGUCAAGACUGGCCGAACUCUCCUUGGUGCCACCAACCCCCUCGCCUCUGCCCCCGGUACCAUCCGUGGUGACUUCGCUCUCCAGACCGGCCGCAACGUCUGCCACGGCUCCGACAGCGUCGAGAACGCCAAGAAGGAGAUUGCUCUGUGGUUCAACGAGGGCGACCUUGUCAACUGGGAGAGCGCCCAAGCUAAGUGGAUCUACGAGUAGAAAAAAAACUAUUGUGAUAGAAA